AUUGAAAUUACGAGUAGAAGCACCGACGACUAAAGGUUCAGAAUAGACGUGAUAUUCGACGCUCUUUUGUGUACCAUGUACCACGCUUUCGAAUUCGCUUUUUAAGAAAACUUAUUUAUUGAUUGAAUUUAAGAAAUUAUAUAAAUAGUGAAUUAACAAUCUGCAGCUCCUGUUAUAAUAGAGAUACAUUGGUAUAUCUUGAACUUAACUACCGUAAUCUUUUUUGAUUAAUAUUAAUAAAAAAAAAAUUUAUUUGGUAUUAUUAAAAUUACUGAAAUUGUUUAACGGUCAUCGUUUGUACCAGUUAGUGUUUUGAUCUACUGAAAAUAGUUUAUGAAUCUUCAUUUACGGAUUCGGAUAUUAAGAGCUUAAUAAUUUUUUAACUUUGAAAUGAACUGUGUUUAGGUGUUAUUUCUAUUUCGUUUCUACUGGUCAAAAGUGUUUUAAUAAAAACAAUAACUAUUCUAUUCAUUAAAAAUGCCUAUCGAUCAAAAACGGCUUAAUGGUCCAGAAGUAACUGUGCCUUAUCAUAUUUACUCUGAUCUUAAUGAAAAAAGUGACAAAGUAAAACAUGAUCUUAGUGAAAGAAGUGAUAAACGGACCAACAAUGAAAUGCGAAAAAUAUUUUUAAAAACAGGUAUAGUUAGUCAAGCCAAAGGUUCUGCAUAUAUAGAAUUGGGAAAUACAAAAGUAGUUUGUUCGGUGUUUGACCCUAGGGAGGUAUCAAACAAGAAUGGCUACUGCGCACAAGGAGAAAUUUAUUGUGAAUUUAAAUUUGCACCAUUCUCUUGUCAGAAACGAAAAAUUCAUCAGCAAAAUGCAGAAGAAAAACAAUAUAGCUUAAUUUUGCAAAGGGCAUUAGAACCAGCUGUGUGCUUGCAUGAAUUUCCUAAUUUUCAAGUAGAUGUAUAUGUAAUGGUCUUGGAUAAUGCUGGUUCUUCAUUAGCAGCUGCAAUUAUGGCUGCUAGUACCGCUUUAGCUAAUGCAGGUGUUCCUAUGUUUGGUUUAGUUACAGCUUCUACUAUAGGUAUAUAUGAUAACCAUUACCUAAUGGAUCCUACGGACAUAGAAGAAGCAAUAUGCAAUACACAACCAGAUAACCAAGGCGAUUUUAAUCAUGGGACAAUUACAUUAGCUAGUCUUCCACAACAUAAUCAAAUAUCUGAAGUAUUUUUAAUUGGCAGUAUUAACACAAACUCUGUUGUAAAAGCAACAGAAAUUUUAACAACAGCCAAUAAAGAUAUUUGUCCUGUACUUCAACAAUGUUUAGUAAAAACUAUUAUGAAACUACAUAAUUAAACAAAAUAGUAAAAUACUUAAUUAAGAAACAAUUUUGUGUUGUAUUUAAAUAUAUAUUUCUAUAAUAAAAAAGUUGUAUAAUAUA